CGCCAAAAGCGUACGGCUGGCUCUGGUACCUACACCAAGAGCAUCGGGUGUCCGAACUUCCACAUCCAUGUACGAAGGCGCGGCAACGAUAACGACGCAAACGAUGGCUAGGGCGCGAUGCGUGCUCUUGGCGCAGAUUCACGGUGGUCGUCAGUCGAGUAACAUCGUAGUCCGGCCAUUGGAACGUGCCCUUGAAGAGAACAAUCGCCAUCGGAGAUCAGCAAACGUUGGUUCCCUCUACCACACACAACAACGUACGAUGAGUUCCACAGCGGCCAAGCAAGGUCUGGUUGCAGUGGAAGAAGCCAGACGCUUCAUGGUAGACUGUCUAGUCAAAGCCAAGACCCCAUUGGCCCACGCUAAGCAGCAGGCGGAUCUUCUGACGGAGGCCGAUUAUCGUGGUCACUUCAGUCACGGUAUGAACCGGCUGGAGAUGUACAUCAAUGAUCUGGCCAAAAACGCGUGCGAUGGUGCAGCGGAACCAACGAUCCUCAAGGAGACACCCGCCACUGCCUGGGUCGACGGUAACAAUGGGCUUGGGGCGGUAGUCGGAAACUUCUGCAUGGAUCUGGCGAUCAAGAAAGCGAAGGAAGUCGGUGUGGGAUGGGUUUGCGCGAAGCGUUCAAAUCAUUAUGGUAUUGCUGGAUGGUACACUAUGCGUGCCAUGAAUGCUGGUUGCAUUGGAAUGUCGAUGACGAAUACCUCUCCACUGGCGAGCCCAACUAGAAGCAAGGAGGCCGCCCUCGGCACCAACCCGAUUUCGGUCGGGGCUCCAGGAAAGGAUGGUGAUGGUUUCGUGUUGGAUAUGGCCACUACUGCAGUGGCUGUGGGAAAGAUUGAGAUGCAACGUCGCAAGAACGAACCGAUUCCAGUCGGCUGGGCUCAAGGUCCGGACGGUCAUCCUACCACGGAUGCCAGCGUUGCUUUCGAUACCGCCUGCCUGAUGCCUCUUGGUGGCACCGAACUCACAUCCGGAUACAAGGGCUACGGACUCGGCGCCAUGGUGGAGAUGUUCUGCGGCGUGCUGGCCGGUGCAAACUAUGCAACGAAAAUUCGCAAGUGGACGCAUGCCGGUGCCGACUCGGAGGCCGACUUGGGCCAGUGCUUUGUUGCCAUCAAUCCUGGCUGUUUUGCGCCAGGCUUCGAGGACCGGCUGUCCGAUAUGAAUGGCAUCCUUCGCAAUAUGCCGAUGACUGAUCCGAGCCAUCCCGUCCUAGUCGCUGGUGAUCCGGAGCGCAACCAUAUGAAAAUGGUCGACAGUGAGGGCGGUCUCGCUUACCAUGUAAACCAAAUCAAGACUUGUACCGAGCUUUCCGAACGCCUGGGAGUGAAACCGAUCGUGGUUGUCUAAACCACGUGGCAUUUAUAUCUGUCGAGACCACCUUUUCUCUCCAAACAUAUCAAUUUUGU